UCCAAGUAAAGAUUGGCACGCACCCGGCCGGCCACAUGUUGCUAGCUGUGGAAGAAGAAAAGUGUAGUUUGCUGGUGACGUGGUGGUAUGCUGAUUUAUUGGACUAGCUCGCAAUGGGUCUGUGUACGCAGAUUUACGAAAAACGUGACGACGAGGAUUAUAAACGACGAAGCCAGCAAAUAAUUCAAGGACCAUACGCGCAUCACGCACAGAUGACGUCACGACGUGUGCGUCUCGUGAUUGGUGGACGGUGGAGACAACACUGGCAUGAAGCGGGACGAGUAUAGAUUGGCAUGCAUGUCGUGGAUGGAAGUCAUAUCGGCCUCUGAGUUCUGUAGAAGACAGUUUGCAUUGUGAAGGUCUGCCGCGCGCGCACCAGGUGUUGCGUUCAAUGCACGGCCGUUGAUUGGGCGAUGCAUCCGUGACGUCAAAUUACAGAGCAAUUCACUGGAGCUGCGGUGAUAACGGACCAGACUUUUCGUGAACUGAUCAUCAACAUCCCUUCUUAAAGCUAGCACCUCCAGAGAUUUAUAUUUGGCGGGACCUUUUGGCGUCGGGAUGGUGCAACUUCCAAGAACUCCCUCGCCAACUUACUAUAUCCUCAGUGUUUUCUGAGAGCUUGUGUGAAGACAAACUUCACAAGCUUCAUCGGUUGGACUCAAACCCACGACCUCCCAUUUAAGAGACAUUUGCGUGGCUCUACUUGAUCAUAGUAACAUUAUUAUUAAUAAGCAACCACUGGUUUCCUGCUCGAUGAUAUGUACACAUUGACAUAUAUUCAGACUCUGCUGUAUGACCAAACCAUUGGACCAAACUUUCAGGGCACCAGUGACACAAUUCAAAGUCUACAUUUUUGACGUGCUUAUGGUAACAAUCGAACGAAAACAUACGGGUGCACCUGACUAUAUUUGAUGUUCGUCGUUGGUGCACAGAUACGAGUCUGGGUACUAGACCUUCACAAGUGCCAUAAUUUUAGAUGAAAAAUAAUCUGUAGAGAUUCUUGGUAAAACCUCGCAAAUUCGACCAAUCUACCUCCUUACGUCUUGCGUUAAUAACUAUGUCUGCAUGAACUGGAGUUGAAGUAAACAGUAGGCCAUCACUUGAACUUUAGAUCUUCGAAAGUCUCACUUGCUUAUUCUUAAUUGAAAAAAAAAGAGAUUGUACAGAGAGAUACAAGUGUGUAAGAUGGAACUAUCAAUCGAGUACAUAUACGACAUUGACUGUAGCAAUGGGACCGACAGUGGGACCGACAGUGACACCGGCUGCUCACCGGAAAUCCACCCGAUCAGAGUGGCAGUGCCGGUGUUUAUAGCCGUCUUUAGUGUGGUAGGCCUUGUCGGUAACGUCUGCAUGAUGUACGCAAUCCUGAGAUACAGUCACAUGCGGACCGUCCCCAAUGUCCUCAUCUUCAACUUGGCAAUGGCCGAUUUGCUGUACAUCUUGGUCACCACGCCAAUUUACGUCAAACACGAGUUAGAGCCGGCUUUCCACCUCUCGGCGCCCGCGUGUAAGCUCAAGAACUACGUUGCGUUCGUGGCCCAGCACGCUAGCGUCUUCGCCCUGGCGGCGCUGAGCCGGGAGCGCCACUCUGCGAUCGUGGGAGGGAUGGAAGCGCGCCGGGGCGGCGACUCCUGCGCGUCCGGCAGCAGAGUCACGGUGGCGGUCAUGUGGCUGGUCGCUUUCAUCGUCUGCAUCCCAACCCUGGUCUUUGCACACGUUAUCGGUGAACAGUGUAAAUACUCGCCGAGUGAUAGGUCUCUGGCCCGGGUCUACGAGUGCCUGCAUUUCCUUGUCGGCUACACGAUACCGUUGAUCAUCGUGGGGUUCUACUACACAAAGAUAGCUAUGUCAUUGUUCCACAGUACACACAGUUUUCAGAACGACUACGUGAGCGACGCCAUGGCUCAGCAAAUCCGAGUGCGCAAGCGCCUUGCCGUCUCCGUGCUGGUCAUCGCCAUCUUCUUUGCCGUCUGCUGGUUCCCAUACUUCUUCUACUACCUCUGGAUCAACUUCGCCCCGCAGGACGAAUUCAUGCUGGUCCCCUUUCCCUCCGCGGCGGACGUCUUACGCUACAUCGGUUUGGUCGCGCCCGUCAUCAACACCUGUAUGGAUCCCUGGCUACUCUUCGUCAUCAGCUCGCGCCAUCGGGCCUGUUUAGUCAGGUGCCUGUGUGGUGGUUGUUUCUGCUGUAGCAGAGAGGGCGCCCUCGAGAAGCGAGACGGACAGGGCAUGAGCAUGACGACGAUGUCCCGAAGUCACACUGGAAAGUCCCGGAUGUUCCCUGGAGCCGGCACGAGCUUUUCGCGCUUAUCUCGGGUUUGAACAACUCGAUGAACAUAAAUUAACAACCAUCAUUGCAACAAUACAAUAAUCUAGAAGGACUCACCACCACCUCUAUCUCUCCAUUGCAACCGCCGAUCUGCUGUGAUAAAUGUAGAAAUAUGGGUUUCAAAAUCAUAAAGUUUGACAUCCUUACUACAUGUAGGCGAGACCGGGAGCGUAGUUGGUUUAUGUCUUGAAUCGGCUCCAAUAAAACAUGGCAUGCCAGUGCCGUGGUCUCAUGGUUUGGGGCAUUAAAUUCGUGGUCUGCGGGUUAUUCUGCAGGUUGUGGGUUUGAGCCCAGCCUGGGCUAUGCCUAAUAUGGGUACAGGCAUUAUUAAUGGCCUUGCUGUGGACUAAUUUACCAUCCCAACCCUAUUCAUGCUGGAUUAAUUUUAUCUUGUCUGUUUUCAGUGUGAGGAGCUGGUUCUUCCACACUUUCCUCUGUAACCCACACCUCGAGUGGCCUAUGUCCUUGUAAUGGGCGAUUGGCAUGAACAAUUUUUUUUUUUUUUAAUCCUAAAUUGUCUCGUAUUAAAGAGCCAAUCAGCGCUCACUCGUCGCUUACGCACUGCAGACAGAGGGCGCCCUUUAAAAAGGGGCGGAGCAUUUACAACUGAUCCUCGAUGUUUACUCGUAUGGACUGGGGCCCAUGCCCAGUGCAUGAUCGAUUGUAACAAUUAAUACAAUGUGGGACAAUGACAGUAUACUGUCCCGUGGAAAUAGCAUAGACCGAGAGGAAUUCCUCCCGGUGUAUAUAAGGAAUUAUCGUAUCGAUAUUCCCACAAGAGGAUGUAAGAUAGGGCCGACUUAACACAGAAUGACUACCACUUAUAAUGGUAAAAAGAAAGAGGGGAGACCUCGGUCUGGAUGGAAGGAAUAACUGGUGGUAGAAACAAGGACAACAGCCUGGAAAAGGCAUACCAAAGACAGACAGAAAUGGCGUGCUGGGGGAGAGGCCUUUGUCUAGCAGUGGAACAUACAGGCUGAUCAUUCAUUCAUUCAUUCAUUCAUUCUUUAUUAUAUUUAUCACAUCUCAUUUCAUUAUGUGACAAGGCAUAAAUACAUACAUGUAGUUUUGGGUAUUAUAAAGUUCGAGCUUGUUUUACAAAAUAUAUUUAUACACUUUGGACGCAUUAUUUUCUAAUUAGAGAUGGUGGAAGGGGAUCCCCAAAAAGCGGAGCUUGUCGAGUAGGGAUCCCCUUUAACAUGGAUUAAUACAAACAUUUAAUGAAAAACAAAUGAAAAACAAUUGAACGUAUACAUUUUAAA